AAGUAGAUCCGGCCAGGCAGACAAAAGUUUGGGAGAGAAGUUCGGUCUGUGCUGAGUGUGAGAGUGAGGGGGGCGGGGGCCGAGGAGAGUGGGGCGGCAGGGCGAGUGGACGCGUGAACAGACAGACCUGCGGACGGGACAGCCGCGGCCGUAGGCCCUUCUAGCCCCGCUUAACCCCUGAUGCGCGGGGGGAAGCAUCCCCUCUCGCUGGGGGAUGCUGCGGGAUUCCCGGUGCCGGGCAUCCGGGCCGCCCGCUAAACCCGUGUGCCUACCCCGUGCCCCCGGGGAACCGGAGUCCGGCCGCUGGGAAAGAGAAGCGGCCGCAGAGACGCUGCAGGGUGCCGGGCGGGGAGGGGGCUGGAGGCCCCAGGCCCGAGGGCAUGGAGCGGUUAGGGGAGAAAGCCAGUCGCCUGCUGGAGAAGUUAAGACUCUCGGACUCCGGCAGCGCCAAGUUCGGCCGCAGAAAGGGUGAAUCUAGCCGGUCUGGAUCUGAUGGGACCCCCGGGGCGGGCAAGGGGCGUCUGAGUGGGUUGGGGGGACCUAGGAAAUCAGGGCCCCGUGGAGCUACUGGGGGACCUGGGGAUGAGCCGUUGGAGCCAGCCCGGGAGCAGGGCCCCCUGGACGCUGAGCGGAACCCGCGCGGCUCCUUUGAGGCGCAGCGCUACGAAGCCUCCUUUCCUGGGGGGCCGCCUCCCACCCGGGCCUUGCCUCUACCUCAGUCAUUGCCCCCCGACUUUCGGCUGGAGACCACGGCCCCAGCUCUAAGCCCCCGCUCCAGUUUCGCCAGUAGCUCAGCCAGCGAUGCCAGCAAGCCGUCCAGUCCCCGGGGCAGCCUGCUGUUGGACGGGGCGGGGGCCGGUGGAGCCGGAGGUAGCCGACCCUGCAGCAAUCGUACCAGCGGCAUCAGCAUGGGCUACGACCAGCGCCACGGCAGCCCCCUGCCCGCCGGGCCAUGUCUGUUUGGCCCACCCCUGGCUGGGGCUCCGGCGGGCUAUUCCCCUGGAGGGGUGCCGUCCGCCUACCCGGAGCUCCACGCUGCCCUGGACCGACUGUGCGCUCACCGGCCGUCGGGAUUCGGCUGCCAGGAAAGCCGCCACUCGUAUCCCCCGGCCCUAGGCAGCCCCGGGGCUCUAGCCGGGGCCGGAGUGGGAGCGGCAGGGCCGUUGGAGAGACGCGGGGCGCAACCCGGACGACACUCGGUGACCGGAUACGGGGACUGCGCCGCGGGCGCCCGAUACCAGGAUGAGCUAACAGCAUUGCUGCGCCUGACGGUGGGCACGGGUGGGCGAGAAGCCGGCACCCGCGGGGAACCCUCGGGGAUUGAGCCGUCGGGUCUCGAGGAGCCGCCGGGUCCGUUCGUUCCAGAGGCCUCCCGGGCCCGGAUGCGGGAACCAGAGGCCAGAGAAGACUACUUCGGCACCUGUAUCAAGUGCAACAAAGGCAUCUAUGGGCAGAGCAAUGCCUGCCAGGCCCUGGACAGCCUCUACCACACCCAGUGCUUUGUCUGCUGCUCCUGUGGGCGAACUUUGCGCUGCAAAGCUUUCUAUAGCGUCAAUGGCUCCGUGUACUGUGAGGAAGAUUAUCUGUUUUCAGGGUUUCAGGAGGCAGCUGAGAAGUGCUGUGUCUGCGGUCACUUGAUUUUGGAGAAGAUCCUACAGGCCAUGGGAAAGUCCUAUCACCCAGGCUGCUUCCGAUGCAUCGUUUGCAACAAGUGCCUGGAUGGCAUCCCCUUCACAGUGGACUUCUCCAACCAGGUGUACUGCGUCACUGACUACCACAAAAAUUAUGCUCCUAAGUGUGCGGCCUGCGGCCAACCCAUCCUCCCCUCAGAGGGCUGUGAGGACAUUGUGAGGGUGAUAUCCAUGGACCGGGAUUAUCACUUUGAGUGCUACCACUGUGAGGACUGCCGGAUGCAGCUGAGUGAUGAGGAAGGCUGCUGCUGCUUCCCUCUGGAUGGGCACUUGCUCUGCCACGGCUGUCACAUGCAGCGGCUUAAUGCCCGACAGCCCCCUGCCAACUAUAUCUGAACUGCAGUCACUACUGCUGCCUUCGCCACCAUUGACAAAUUCCUCUGGCCAGAGGGCCCCUCUGAGGCCAGCUGAGGCAAGGAACGCACUCCCAGGCCGGGAAGAAGAGCCCUCUGGGGAAGGCCCCAAGGGCCAGAGACCCAAAGAUAUGACAUUCCAAAUGGAUUGUGGAGAAGGAACCUUCCAAUUGCCAUGGUGGGGUGACUGGCUUUCUUUCCAUGUGUGUAGCCUGUGCUGUAGCGUGUAUUCAGGCACACACUACAGGCGAGUUCCAGUACUUUCUAAAGGUCUGAUUCUGGUCUAUAUCUCCAGUGUCUGAUUAUGCAUAAGUCAAGUGAUGUUCCAGCUUUGGAUUAUAGGAAGAGAGGACAUCAUGAGCACUCCUCACUCUUUUGUACCCCUCAUGUGGGUCAGGUAUGGGGUCAGCAGGUUCUUACUACAGUGUCUUUGUAUCUGGAUGAAGAGAUGGACACUAGACCUUAUUAAUGAGUUUUUUUCUUGGCCACCUUCUCCCUAUAGACUAGGAGCACUGCUCACCCCUCUGCUGGGAAGGGGGACAGCUCUCAGUGGGCCUGUUGCCUGUAUUGCCUAUUUCUCAGGGACUCACGUGGGCCUGGGAAGGCUAGGUGGGUGCCCAUACUUGGUUCCUCUUCUCCUCAGCUGGGGAAGUAAUGAGUGGGUCCUUGGGGGUGGAGGUGCCAGGUGAGACAUGUAAGAAGUGUCAGGCCAACCGCGCUCCGUGCACAUGCCCAGGUAUAGGUGCACUGAUACCCCCAGCCCAAUGUAGACACACAUAGGCACAUUCAUAGACACACUGUCUCACUCCCUUCUUCUCAGGUCACUCUUAUCCAGUUCCCUAAUAGUCACUCACCACUCCAGACCUGCCACCUCUCAGAGGAAUCUAGGAUUAUAACCACUACAACUCCCAAACUCUGAGGUUCUGGGGAGCCAGAGGGGCAACACACUUUGAUCUGGUUCUAGUCGUUUGGCUGAAAUCGGUUUACCUAAGCUAGACUCCUUUAAAGCCAAUUCGUGGGAGACUUGUAUGCUUAAAGUUUACUUGUUUUGGAGGGGGGGGCAGGGAGGGUGCAAAAAAAGGUGGUUUUAUUGAAAGCACGGGAAUAGGACCCGUGGGCAGAAAGAGCUGCCAAAGUUUACUUAAUGACCAGUUUGCCAAAAGCUCAGUCCCUUUGGGGUAUUUUUAUAGCCAUUUAGGUGUUUCGUUGUUAUGUUUUGGGUGUUUUCAAGAUUUACAUCUAUUCAUCCAACAGUACUUCUGAAUUAUUGUCAACAACAUAAAUUUAUCAAAUUUGCAGCACUUUGUAAUGUUGAGAUUGCUUCCUACCUUUAUGGACAUUUUCCUAUGUUAUCUACUUUUCAAACACUUUUCUAAAAAGUUUAAAGUUUCUAGCAAUAAAUAUAAUUGGUAUGGACA